AUGUCCGCAGACCACACGAGGGACCCCUGCCCAGUCGUCAUCUUGAGUGAUUUCGGAGGAGCGUUUUCCAUGGGUGUUAUUGGCGGGUGCUUUUGGCACGGAAUCAAAGGGUUCCGCAACUCGCCUUACGGUGAGAGAACAUACGGCAGUAUGAGUGCCAUCAAAGCCAGAGCUCCGGUAGUCGGCGGAAACUUCGGAGUUUGGGGAGGGCUUUUUUCCACUUUCGACUGCACAGUGAAGGGCAUCAGAAAAAGAGAGGAUGCCUGGAACGCCAUCAUCGCCGGCUUCUUCACCGGUGGUGCCUUGGCCAUCAGAGGUGGCUGGAAGCACACGAGGAACUCGGCCAUUUCGUGUGCGUGUUUCUUGGGUAUCAUCGAGGGUGUGGGUAUGAUGAUGCAAAGGUUCAUGGCCCAGCCCACGGUGGGCCCUGUGUUUCCUGACGAGCCCAUGAAGGCUUAG